AUGGAAAUUCUGUUUGGUGUCUGUGUCCAGCUGGCCUCCCUCCCUCAUCCAGGGUUCUCAGAGGAGCUAUUUGAGGUUUCCAUUUGGCCAAAUCAGACCCUGGUAGAGUUUGGACAACCCCUAACGGUCAACUGCAGCACCACCUGCCCAGACCCAGGCCCUGGAGGAAUUGAGACCUUGUUGAAGAAGACCCAGGUGGACAAAGGGCCUCAGUGGAAGGAGUUUCUCCUGGAGGGCUUCACGGAGAAUUCAGUGCUGCAGUGCUUCUUCUCUUGUGCGGGAAUCCAGAAGGACUCGAGCCUUGACAUUACCGUGUACAAGCCACCAGAGCAGGUCAUCUUGGAGUUGCAGCCUGCGUGGGUGGCCGUGGAUGAAGCUUUCACAGUCAAGUGCCAUGUCCCCAGUGUGGCACCUCUGGAGAAUCUCACCCUUACCCUUCUCCAGGGUAACCAAGAACUACACAGAAAGAACUUCUGGAGUUUGGCUCCAGCCUCCCAAGCAGCUGAGGUCGCCAUCAGUGUCAGAGCGCAAAGGGAGAAUGACAGGUGCAACUUCUCCUGUCGCGCAGAGCUGGACCUGAGUUCACACGGGGGCGGGCUGGUCCACGGCAGCUCAGCCCCCAAGGUGCUCCGCAUCUUCGAGUUCUCUCAGAGCCCCCAGAUCUGGGUCUCCUCACUUCUGGAAGUUGGGAUGGCAGAGACAGUGAGCUGUGAGGUGGCUGGAGUGUUUCCAGCCAGAGAAAUCACAUUCCACAUGGCCCUGGGCGAUCAGGAGCUGAAUGCUGUCCUCUCCUGGGAGGGUGACACGGCCUGGGCCAACGCCACCAUUCGGGCCAUGGAGCCCGGCGAUCAGGAGCUCUCCUGCCUCGUCGCUCUGGGUUUGAUGGAACAGAAAGCCCGACAGCCGGUGCAUGUCUAUAGCUUCCCGCCACCUGUCCUGGAGAUAGAAGAAUCAUACCCCUUGGCAGGGACAGAUGUGAAUGUCACCUGCUCAGGACAUGUCCUGACGUCACCCAGCCCUACUCUCCGACUUCAGGGAGCCCCAGCCCGCCCUGUGCCCGGGGAUCCCACCUGGCUGCUGCUCACGGCCACAGAGGAGGAUGAUGGCCGAAAUUUCUCCUGCGAGGCCUCUUUGGAGGUGCAGGGUCGGCAGCUGAUUAAAACCUCCGUGGCCCAGCUCCAUGUCCUAUAUGAGCCGCGGUUAGAGGAAUCCAGUUGCCCUGGCAACCAGACGUGGGUGGAAGGGCUAGAGCAGAGGCUGGCCUGUGUUCCGAAGGGCAAUCCGGCUCCAGCCGUGGUGUGCACCUGGAAGGGGGUGCUCUUCCCCCCAGGUGUGCCACAGAAAGCAACCAAGAACCACACCGGCCUCUACUGCUGCACUGCCACCAACAAGCUGGGCUCCGUCAGCAAGGACAUCAGGGUCCUCGUGCUAGGGUUAGAAGAAGGAGUCAGCUCCACCAUCUUCAUCAUCAUCAUUGCCGCCCUGGGAGUCGGUGUAGUCACCCUCGCUCUGUACUUGAACUACCAGCCCUGCAAAAUAAAGAAGAGGAAGCUGCCCUACAGGCAGCAAGCAGAGAGCCAAGAGGAGGAGGACCGGCUGCAGGUCAACCAGCCGAGCAAUGUGACUGGCAUCACUGUUAACUCAAAGCAGCUCCAGGACUGAGCAGGACUGCUGCCUCUGAGUUCCCGGGGAGAGAAGGGUGGCUAGAGGAGAAACAACGUGAGGUCGUGUUGCUGUCGGUGUCCCCCGUCCCAGAAAGCAAUGUUCCAGGCCCCCGGGCUCUCGCUGUCCAGACCCUCGCCUUUCUCCCUGAUGUUCACUCUGCCACCAGUGCUUCCAUUGUCAGUAUGCAGCCAGUGAGAUCUCUGGCAUCUUGCCAAGAUAAAAAAAAAAAAUUAUUUCUACUUUCUCCCAAACACCAAAUUAAAGAGAUAAUCGGAAGCAGCAUAGAGCAAGUCAUUUCUCAUGAUUUCCUGAUAACGAAUUUUCUUAGUCUGAAACCAGAGCUUUAAAGAGGGCAAGAACUAAACCGAAGGGUAAGAAUGACAACUCUGUUUCCAUACCCACCUUCUUUGGCUCCUCUGCCCUGUGGCUCUGGAAUGCCACGGUCCAGAGCCGAGCUUGAAGACAACAUCAAGUGUCUGUGUGUGGCUAUCUAGUGGGCCCUGUGGAUCAGGUAGUAACUUCCUUAGCUUAAAAUUGUCAGCCCGGAGUGAAAGCUCACGCUGUUCCUUGAAUCCUUACAGAUUUGGGGCCCCAAGCAGCUCUCAAUUCCUUUUCCUAAACCAUCGUAAUCAUCUCCGCAUGCACUGUUUUUUUACCCCACGGGUCUUUAGGUCAGAGUUUCAAAUGUUUACUCACCGUUUUCACAGAGAAACCGGUGUUUUCGUCUGUCUACAAAGUGAACGUGGGGCGCGGUCCUCUUGUCCCCGUGUCCCUGUGUGAUUUUGUGAUUCAGCUUGUCUGAGCAUGUGCGCUCAUCCUUGGAGAAGGCAUGAAGAAUCACCAAAAACAGUUAUUUUCUUCCAAAUCAGUCAUGAAAUGUUGGAAAUGUUGGUUAUU